AUGGAUGAUCUCGCCAGGGCCGAAUACCCUGCCAUGCUGCCCAGCCACUCACCCAACGACCCUGAGCCUGACCCUGAGCCUGAUCUGGCCACCGGUCGCGACACUCCUCUUCAUGCACACCUCCAGCCCAUGCAGGCUGUCAACGUCCUGACCGACCGCGUGAAGAGAAUAACUAAGAUCAAUGCCGAGAUCGCAGAUUGGAUGCAGGAGCGCCGACGAGUCGAAGACCAAUACGUCCAGAGCCUGCGGAAGCUGCUGAGCUUCAAAGUCCCCAACGCCUCCUCCGAGCUUGGCGUCUUUUCUGGCCCUUGGGACAAGGUCCUCCAAUCCGUCGAUGCGACAGCCCACUCCCACCACGUCCUCGCGAGUCAAUUAGACAAGGAUGUCGAGAACCCUUUGCGCAGCUUCCAAUCUCGGAAGGAGAUGCAGAACAUGCAGACCAUCUCCGCCAACCUGACCGCCAUGGCUAGAGACCUCGAGGACGCCCAGAAAAAGACGGACGCAUUGACUAGGAAGGGUCCCAAGACGAACGCACAGAAAAUGGCCGAUGCUACCGCGAGACUCGAGCAGGCUACCCAGCAGUGGGAUUCCCAGGCCCCAUUCAUCUUCGAGACCCUCCAGGCGCUGGACGAACAGCGUGUGAACCAACUGCGCGACCUCCUUACCCAGUACCAGACCCACGAGAGCGACCAGGCGCAGCGAGGCCUCACCCGAGCCGCCGAAACCCUCGCUUCUAUGCUCGAGAUCAGCACCGAGCUGGAGAUUGCAAGCUUCAAGGAGAAGGUCAUCUCUGGAAGACCUAGGAUGGAAAAGAGAGUCACCACCUCGAGGCAAUCUUCACAUCCGCCAACGAGCCAGACCUUGGCCCCGCCGCCGCCGCCCAGCAGUCUGGGACAUCACGAUGACGAUACGAGCGAUCACUCGGGGGCGAUGGAGGGCAAGACUGAGUCGAAACUGCGAAGUCGAAUUGGCACAAUGCUCGGUCGACGCCGGCAGAGCAUUCACGGUGGUUUCGGACCCAUCUCCCCACAGAAAACCGGCGGUGGCCCUCCGUCUUUCGGCCGUGGCCUUAGUAGCAGCCACAGCAGCACACACGUCCGCCCCGGACUCUCCCCCAGAGCCUCCUCGAACAACUUGGCCGAGACGAACAACAGAUUGUCAGCCCUGGCAGAGACACCCGAUUCCCCGAGACCGCCACAAUCAUCUGGUACCGAUAAGCCACUUCACGAGGGCACAAAUGGAUUCAGUGCAGGAUCAGAAGGUGCUCGCUUGGGUUCAUCGGCGGGCACCGUCAACGGGAAUCACGACACCGAUGUUCUAGAUGUCGCUCCUCCUCCAGGACCGCCGCCAUCGCAGACUAAGGAGCCCGAGGCGAAGGACGCCGAGGGCUUCACGAUCCGGCCGCCUGCCGAUGACCCCAUCUCCCAGGCUCAGCGCGAGGCUGCGGAAGAGAAUGAGCAAAUGUUUAAGCUCAACAUUGCAAGCUCGCCUAUUGCAGAAGAGGACGCCGAUGCGAAAGAGGCCGCCUUGACGAAUGUUGCCAAUACUUUGACUCAGAUGGCAGCUCCCUCACGAAAGCUCGGAACGGUACGCGGACGAAGAGACGUAAGGAACACUAUUUAUGUUCCUCCGCCCAAUAUGCCCGAACUUACCAACGAGAAUCCGUUCCCGACCUCGCCGUCGCUCCCCAGUCAGUCGUCCAAGCCUACUACCGUCGCAGCUUUAGCUUCAGAAGCAAGCAUUGCGGCGACAUCAGAUACCCAAUCCAUUCGGUCGGCAAACUCACUGGUGAGCCUUGCUCACCUGAAGCACCCGGACAUGCAUGAGCCUGGUUUGAAUGCGUCCAUUAUUGAGACCGUUUCUGCGACUUUCGAAGAGGGCGAAGUGAAAAGCGCCAAGGUCCAAGGCGAGAUCGCUUUUGCUUACCACGCGGCUGAAAAUUCUGCGCAAGAACGUGAAAUCAUCCGAAUCAACAACUUCCCUAGCUUGGAAGUCAUUGGACCGAACCGCAUUUUUGUCCAGAACAGCCCCGACAAGCCUGAUGAAUUCAACUUGGACGUGUCGCAUCUCAACAAGACGGCCACCGCGUUCACAUAUCGUGUUCACGCGAGCGAUGCCGGUCUGGCUUCCCACGUGCCACUGUUGAUUCGCCCUGCAUGGAAGCCCCAAGGCGACAAGCUUGGACUUCUUCUGCAGUACUCGCUUAACCCUGCCAGCAAUCUGACGGCACCCGUCACUCUGCAGAAUGUCGUUUUUGUCGCCACGUACGAAGGCGCCAGAGCUUCUGGAGCGCAGACCAAGCCGACCGGAACUCACCUCAAGGACAAACACUUGGUGUACUGGCGCCUGGGAGACUUGACUCUCACUGCAGAGACGCAGAAGAUUGUAUGCCGUAUCAUUGGCGCCGAGAACGCGGAGCCGAAGCCCGGACAUAUCGAGGCCAGAUGGGAGUUCACUCCUGAGUCACUCGGUAGUGGUAUCUCCAUCUCGAGACUGGAAGAGACGAAGGGCAAAGGCAAGGAGGAGGACGCCGAUCCCUUUGCGGAUGACAACCCGACGUCCCCUGCCCUGCCAGCCGAUCAGCAGUGGGUGGACGUGAAGUUGGUAAAGAAAAUCACGAGUGGCAAGUACGAGGCCAAAUGA